AUGGAGAAAUCAUUUCAGCAAGUUGAUGUGAAGAGUACCAGUGGUGAUAUUAUUCCAGAAACAUUUGACGGUUCAGCAGGCAAUUUAAAGUUUUCAAGCCCUUCAUUGCCAGAUGAUGAUGACAGUAUUAUGUUGCCAAAGUCUGUCAGAUGUGAUGGUUGUCUUUCUUUAGCUUAUCAGAUUAUAGAAGCAUUUGAUAAAAGUCAUUCAAAAAAGAAAUCUGUUAAAAUAUUACCUGAAACUGAUGUUUUAGACAUAUUAGAUACACUAUGCAGUAGUAAAUUUGAUGCAAUGGGUUUAAGAAACGUAGAUGGUGUAACUAAGUUAAGUGGUCCUGGUUUAGACAUCACAAAUCAACCUGGUAUGAUUAUGAGUGGUGGCAGAUGGCAUCAAAGAAUGAGAUAUUUAUGUGGUAAUAUUGUUGGUGAAGUUGGAGAAGAAGAAAUAUAUGAUAAUUAUUUAUUUAAUAGAAAUCAUAUGGGGGAUGUUUUAUGUCGAGGAACUGGGGUGACUAAUAGUUGCAUUGACGCAAAAAAUAACCGAAAGAAUGAAAAAUUGAAAAGAAAGGAUGAGUUCUAG